AUGGAGAAGUUCAGCAUGAACUUUGGAGGUGGCCCGAGCAAAAAAGACCUUCUAGAGACCAUAGAAUCCCAGAAGAAGCAGCUUCUCCAGUACCAGCUCCGGCUGAAGGAUGUUGUCAGGGCCUACAAGAGCCUGCUGAAGGAGAAGGAGGCCUUGGAAGCCAGCCUGAAAGUGCUCUCCGUGUCCCACGAGGCAGAUGUUGGCCUGGGGGGCGCUCAGCCUGCCCCCGGGCCUGGCUCCAGCUCCUCCUGUGCUGACUCUGCUGAUGACAGGAACUCUGUCCACAGCGAGGACAGCGUGGGGACAGCUGCCAGUGCAGACACUGCUGCCAGCCUGGCCAGUGCCAAGGGUGAAGCAGGGCCUGAGGAGGACAAGCCCGUGGCCACCACCUCCUCUCCGAGGUCGGAGGAGCCCGGCGGGUCGGAGAGCGGCGGCGGGGAGGGGGCCCCCGAGGCCGAGAGGAGGGUCCUGCAGCUGAAGACCCAGCUGGCUACCCUGACCAGUGCCCUGUCCACUGUCACGCAGGAGAAGUCCCGCAUGGAGGCCUCCUACCAAGCAGACAGGAAGAAGAUGAAGCAGGAGCUGGAUGAGGCGGUGAGGAAGGCGGAGGAGGAGACGGAGAGGCUGGGAAGGGAGCUGAGAUCCAGCCAGGAGCAGCUGGCAGAGACCAAGGCCCGGCUGAUCACCCAGCAGCACGACAGGGCCCAGGAGCAGGGGGACCACGCCGUGAUGCUGAGGGAGCUGCAGAAGCUGCUGCAGGGAGAGAGGAACUCGAGGCAGGAGGCGGAGCUGAAGCUGGAGGAGACCAGGGAGGUGCUGGCCGGGAGGGCCACCGUGGCUGAGCGAGCCGAGGGCUACGAGCUGCAGAUCAGGCAGCUGAGCCAGGAGGUGGAAGAGCUGAAGAAGGAGCUGCAGGCUGUGCAGGAGGAGAACAACAGGCCAGACCCCCGGGUACAGGACCUGCAGGAGGAGAUGGCCAGCCUGAGGAACCACUUCCAAGUGCAGCUGCUGCAGGAGAUGAAGAAGGCUGCCCAGGCUGAGGAGCAGCUCCGGCAGCGCGCGCAGCUGGAGGAGCGACGCGUGGCCGACCUGGAGGGACGGGUCUCCGAGGUCUCCGAGCUGCUGGGCACGUAUGAGAAGGCCAAGCAGAAGGACCAGGUGGUCAUUCAGAAGCUGAAGGACCGUAUCGUGCAGCUGGACCUGGAGAACAAGACCCUGGCCAUGGCUGCCUCCAGCAGGGCCCCCCUGGAUGUCCAUGGAGAAGAAGCCAACCUGGAUGUGAACGUUCUGAAGGACAAAAUGGAGAAGCUGAAGAAGCUGCUGCAUGUAGCAGCUCAGAAGAGCCAACCCACCCUGGGCAUUGAGAAGCUGUGUGAGCUGGAGUGUCCAAAGGGCACCGAGGCUGCGGAUGGGGAGAAGGCCACAGCUCUGUACUACCAGCAGGAGCUGAAGCAGCUGAAGGAAGAGUUUGAGAGGUAUAAGAUGAGGGCACAAGUGGUUCUCAAGAACAAGUCGGCCAAGGAUGGCAACCUGGCUAAGGAACUGGAGGAAGCUCAGGAGCAGCUGGCUGACCUGAAGGAGAAAUACAUUGCUCUGCAGCUGGCCUCUGAUGAACUGGAGAAGCAGCACCAGCAGGACAUGGAGGCCAAGAAGCAGGAGCUGUCCCAGCUGCAGCAGCUCCAUCGGCAGGAGCUGGAGAGGUGCCAGCUGGAGUACAGGGAACGGGCUCUGAAGCUGGAGGAGGAGAUGCACAAGCAGAGGGACCGAGCUCUGGCCGUGCUGGCAGAGAAGGACCAAGAGCUGGAGCAGCUGAGGUCCCUCACGUUGCCUUGUGGGCUUCAAGGCUCCAAAAACCACCUGACGUCAGGGCCUGAGGUUCCUGGCGAGGACUCAGCAGGACACGAUUCCUCAGAGGUUCUGCCCCAGGCUCUUCAUCUCUCCAGCACCAGUGAACCCACCUUCAUCCUCUAUGCUGAGCAGCUGGCUCGGAAGGAGGUGGACAUUGUUGCUCUGAGGAAGCAGAAACACAAGCUGGAGAUGCAGGUUCACCAGCUCCAGGAGAAAAUCCUGGUGGAGGAGGAGAAGCACCGGGAAGAGGUGUCAGCCCUUCGGAGCCAGAUCGAGAAGAGCUGCAGAGACAGGAGCAGGGAAGGAGCCAACCUGGAAUACCUCAAGAACAUUGUCUAUAGGUUCCUGACCCUGCCCGAGUCCCUGGGCCGCCAGCAGACCCUGGGGGCCAUCCUGACCAUCCUGCACUUCAGCCCUGAGGAGAAACAGACCAUCACCAAGCAGUCAGCCCAGGGCAGCUGGUGGCUUUCUGGGAAGAGAUGAGGUGGCAGCUUUUAUCCCUGGCUGCUGCUGCACAUUUACAGGUGUCUGGUGGUGAACUGAGGGCACUUCCCUGGUGGUGUCACCUCCUGCCAACCAUGCUGUGGAGCAGGGACCUUCCAGCAAGGAACUGGGCUGAGAACAGUGCUCCUAGCACUCAUUUAAAGUAGGAUUGUGCCAACUUUUCCACGAGGAUCAUGGUGUUUUCUUGCUCUCUGGUGUCAGGAUUUGCUCUUGAGCUGGGGCUUGGUUUAAAAAAACAGUACUUGAA